GCUCCUACCUUUACUAACGUAAGAACUGUGCCGUAAUUCCGUCUUUGUGCUCGACCUUUUGGUUAGCAGCCGAGCACUUAACCACUGCGUCAUCAGGGCUCCUUUGUGCUUGUACUUAUGAUUUAAGCCAGCCUGGAAUAGGAGGAUAAGACAUUAACUUCCAUCUGGAAAAAAAUACCAGCUCGUCAUUAUUAUUGAGAUAGCUGCUCCAACAUGAGUUUGUAAAGCGGUAAAAAUUUCCUAACUCGUUUCUGAAUUGUAGCAGGCAUUGAAAAAUCUACCUUGGAGUUGUUCUGUUUACUUAUUUUCUAUUUUCUAGGGGCCCAGAAGAUACCUGUUUUGAGUUUGGUGUUUUUCCUGCCAUCCUGAGUUUUCCACUUGAUUAUCCCUUAAGUCCCCCAAAGAUGCGAUUUACCUGUGAGAUGUUUCAUCCCAACAUCUACCCUGAUGGGAGGGUCUGCAUCUCCAUCCUGCAUGCCCCCGGAGACGACCCCAUGGGCUACGAGAGCAGCGCCGAGAGGUGGAGCCCUGUGCAAAGCGUGGAGAAGAUCCUGCUGUCGGUGGUCAGCAUGCUGGCAGAGCCCAAUGACGAGAGCGGCGCCAACGUGGAUGCUUCCAAAAUGUGGCGGGACGACCGAGAGCAGUUUUAUAAGAUCGCCAAGCAGAUCGUACAGAAGUCCCUGGGGCUCUGAGCCUGACAGGACACGCAUGCGCACAGCCAGGGCGCCCGCGUGCGUGCCUACGCCACCACCAGACGGACUUCGUAUUUCUCCUCCGGGGACACCCGCGACAGUGACACUGUGCUAGCACCAAGAAAGGCAAACUCUAGAAUCACAGCGUCUGUUUUACUUCCCACCUCUCCCACCCCAGGCAGGCUUCUCUGCUUCGAUUGUGAUUUAUGUAGAGUGAUGACGGCUCCCUGCCAUCGUACAGUAUUGCUCUCAAAGGUGGUGCCGGCCGAUUGUCAAAGCUGUCAGCACUACCUCUCCCCACCGAAGCGCCGCCGAUCCCCGCAGCUAAUGACCCCUCAGAGCGCGGGGCUCCUGGGGCCCCUUCCCCUCGCGCGGUGUCGAGGGCUCCGUGCCAAACUCUCAGUGGGCUAGAGUCGGUAAUGCUCCUUCCGAAGAAAUGGCCCUUGUAGCAAAGGCAGGGGAGGGGCUGGGCCGCUCUGAGCGGGCCACACCUGCCUGCAGGUACCGCGCGAGGAGCACAGAGCAUCGUUUCAUUACUUCAUAUUUUACAGGCAGAUGUUUUUCUUAUAAUCUGGGUAAACCAUUUUCUUUCGUUGUGUAUUAGAAACCAUCACGCUCAAAUACUUUCAGGAAAUAAACACUUUUUAAAAAUGUGGAUUAAUGAAAAGCGGGUUGCAUAGAAGAGAAGCUUACUGCUGGCCGUAAGGACCGGCAGUUCUUUUCUGACCCUUUUAUGAAACGUGUAUUCUUAGGUUUGGCUAGUAGGGAAUUACUAGAGCAGGCACCAGUGACAUGCAGGAUUCUAGGGAACAUUUCUUCUGGGUCGACAGGAGCUUUUAUUUUCCAAUCUAAACACUGGGCAGUUGUAAGGUUUUGCACAUUGUGGUUGCACCAGGAGCUGUAAGGAUCGGGACAAAGUCACUCUCCACCCCUCGGGUUGCAGGGUCUCUGCCAUCAGGGUGGAGCACAGUGGCGGGCCUUACUGUGACCGCGGUUGUGGAAGGUGGCCCCGGGGUCCCAGCCCAGGGGCCAGCGCACUGGUUAUAGUUCCUGAUGUGCACGGGGCCUGGCAGUCUGAGCUCCCGGUGUCCUCUGUGCCUGGGGCCACUCUCAGCAAUAAUGGUCUGUCUCCUGCAGGCCCUCGUGCUCGGCCUCCUGCACAGGCUGCAUACAAUAGGAAUUUUUUUUUUUGAAAUAUGGGUGUUCUACAAGACACACAGUAGAUUUCACUGCCCAUCAUCCUCUCCCUUCCCUCCCACAGCGUACCCAGUGGCAGUGUUCUGCUUUCCUGAGACCACACACACAGUUUCACGGUGUUAACAGUUACUGGUUGAAGGAGCCCCAUAUUGGGCUGCGGAAACCAGGUUGUUUCUUUCUCAGAAGGGAGUUGGAGAUCUGAAGUUCAGUACAAUGUUUGAGAGGGUAAGGAAGGACAGGUAUUGUUCCUAGAUGGUGUUUGCAGAAAUGUGAGAUGAGAUAUAGUAGCCUUUUCGGAAAGAGCGCAGCAGUGGUUGUGCUGGUAGACCAGGUGCGGCCGUGGGGGCUGCGUCAGGGGUGGGUCUCCACAGGGUACCCACCAGGCUUCUGAGAAAUUAGGACAGGAGAGCAGCAGUCUCCUUGCAAAACAAAGUAUUUUUGUUUGUAUUUAUUAAAUGGAGAAAAAAAAUCUGAAUCCCAUGGUAUCCUUAUUCUGUGGUGGAAUUUAAUUACAAUGUUAGAAAUAAAGCUAUAUAUUUUCCCCCUGUUCUGAAGUGGUGUGUUCUUUGUCAG